AAAAAUAGAAGAAGAACGUGAAGCAACGCAUAUAGGUCAAAACAAAGCCGCCAAAAGAAUGUUACAGGUUAUAAUUCCUACGUUCAAUAUUAAUGACUGUAUCACAAUUCCUGUUCCAAAAGUCGAUAGAGGGCCUUUGGACCCAGCACGCAUAAUUGCUGUUAUAGUUGAGAAAAAAAAUGAGUUGUAUAGAAUAGGAACUGAACAUGGUUUAAUUAAAGGAUGGUUAAGUUCUGGAAAUAUGCAGCGUACCACAUCACAUUUCAUAUCUGCUAAUCAAGUUGACAAGCAAAACGAAUUAACUUUGCGUGAAACAGUUAAAAUUAUAUCUGGAGGUCAAGGAUUUUUGAGUUGUACAUGCAAAAGUGCUUGUCAAACUAAACGUUGUGCUUGUUUUAAAAGUAGUAUUAAAUGUAACAGCCGUUGCCAUAAUUCAUUGAAUUGUUUAAAUAAAUAA